AUGGUCAACGCAGGCCGCAUCUGCUGCAUCGCAGCACCGUUUCUUCUGACCUUGGCCGUGCUGAUAUGCAUGGUCCUGCUCUUCCUCGCCGGCACCUUUGACCGCAACCACACCGUCGACGAUUUCUACUUCCUGAAGAUCGACUUGACCAACCUGACGCUUGGUCCCUCGACUGUUGUGGCCGGAAAUGCCGACAAUAGCACCCUCCUCGCCGGUGCCCUCCAAGCCGCAAAGCAGACCCUGGGCAUGAAAGACUUCUACACAAUCUACCUUCGCAGCUACUGUUCGUGGAACGGCAACGACGUCUACGCAAACUGCACCGACCCGAAAGCAUACUUCUGGUUCAACCCGAUCAAGAUCUGGGGUUUGAACAGCACUGGUGUCCCCGUGGACACGUAUCUACCCAAGACCUUCACAGAUGGAUUGGAUGCCUACCACGCGGCCUCAAAGGCCAUUUUCUAUCUUUAUGUGGGCGCGUUGAGUGCCGCUGCCAUUACGCUCGUUGUCGGCAUCUCGGCCGCAUUCUCACGAUGGGGCUCCUUCUUCACCACGUUCUGCGCCUCGGCAAUGUCGAUUCUCAUCAUUGCCGCCUCGGCAACCGCCUCGGCAGUCUACAUCGUCCUCAAGACCGCCCUCAACGAGUCCCUCAAGGACGAUUAUGGCAUUAGUUCCACUCUCGGCAGUCGUGUCCUCGAACUGACCUGGAUUGGCACGGCGUUCGCCGUCGGAGCAGGCUUCUUCUGGACCCUGAGUGUCUGCUGUUGCAGUGGCAGGAGUCCUUACAACCCUGGCAACAAGGAGGCACGGAGAACAAGGGCGGAAAAGACCCCGUAUACGUAUGAAAGAGUGGGCAGUCCAUACAUGGGACCCAGUGACCACCAGAGUAUGCCACUGAACACGCUGCCACCUCAAGGCUAUGCGCCGCAAAGACCCGCGCACAUGGGAAGUGCCUAUGAGCCUUUCAGACCGCAAGGUGUCUAG